AUGGAGUCUUCGCAUUUGUUGUCCUUUGUUUUUGUCUUCUCGGAAGAAGAGUUUGAGUCCACGUCAGCAUCUCCUGUUUCCUCUUUGUACAUCUCCUCGACCAUGGGCUUCCAGAGGCGGACUCGCGCAUUUAUGAACCAGUUUGAGACCUAUGCCAGUAGAAAAAGAAAGAGAGAUCAAAAGACUUGCAUAUUUUCUUCGAUCACCCUCCUCUUAAGUCCCCCCUCAUAUUCUCAAUCUCCCAAAUCCACAGAAUCUUCCACAAUAUUCCCCACAGAUUCAUCCUUGCAGAAACUGCAAUCGUCACUAAGAUUCAGUUUUAGACUCAACAAGGAAUCGACCCUUUUCUCCAGCCACCGCAAUUUUCUUUCCAAACUCAGCACUGCUGUAUGCAUGACCCUAGCUUCAACUCGGGCAACCUUAGCACAAGACCGAAAAGGCUGUAAAGUGUCGGAUUUCAAAACUGCAUUUCUGAACGUUUUCUUCGAUGACGAACAACCGGCAUCGUCAGACAAACUCGAUUCCCACACCCCAUACCCAUUAAUGUCGAGAAGAAUCCUUAAUGUAACAACAAUGAUCGACAUGACACAUGCGCGAGUGGGAAUUCGAAACUCGUUCGCCGAAACAUAUAAUUCAGACGGCAAAGACCAUUCACACACACGGCACGCAAAAGGAAGUAUUUCCUCUACAGGAAGAGACAACUCUUUAAGAUAA